AUGGCACAAGUCAACGAGCCGUUUUACGUACGGUACUAUAGCGGUCAUACUGGUCGAUUUGGACAUGAAUUUCUGGAAUUUGACUUCCGCGUGGUGGGAGACGGACGAAGUGCGACUGCUCGAUAUGCCAACAACUCUAAUUAUCGAAACGACGCGCUCAUCCGAAAAGAGAUGUGCGUCAGCUCCUUGAUGAUAUCGGAGAUGAAGAGAAUUAUCAAAGAAAGCGAGAUCAUGAAGGAAGAUGAUACGAAAUGGCCUCAGAAGAAUAAGGAUGGUAAACAGGAGCUUGAAAUCAGGCUGGGAAACGAGCACAUCUCAUUCGAGACUGCGAAAAUUGGCUCUCUGGUGGAUGUCACUGAAUCUGCCGACCCGGAGGGGCUGCGUGUGUUCUACUAUCUUGUGCAAGAUCUCAAGGCGCUCGUUUUCUCUCUGAUUGCGCUACACUUCAAGGUCAGAUGCCCUGAUCCGUCUGUUGCCCAAAUCUGCUAA